AGCCGUCGAGUCAUCGCCUACAAAUAGAUAGCACCACCACGCCGCGCCGCCGUGAGCUGAUUGCCAACGAAUUCCCCGUGCGCCGUGCGCCUCGCCCUCCCCUCCCUCCCUCCUCGUGCCGUUGCCCCCCGGUUGGACUCGGCGCGCUUGCUUCUCGCUCGCGGCUGCUCGUAACCUCGCCUCGCCUCGCCCUCCUGCAGCACGCGCGGCUGGCUGCCCGACCCAGAUCCGGAGCGCCAUGUCGAGGAAUCCGGGCUGCACCGUCUUCAUAGGUAACUUGGAUGAAAAGGUACCUGAGAGGGUCUUGUAUGAGAUUCUUAUUCAGGUAGGUCGUGUUGUAGACCUACACAUACCACGUGACAAGGAAACUAAUCGCUCCAAAGGUUAUGCUUUUGCUGAGUAUGAAACAGAGGAGAUUGCCCAGUAUGCUGUUAAGCUAUUUUCUGGCCUUGUUCGUCUUCAUAAUAGAACACUUAGAUUUGCGAUUUCUGGACAAGACAAGCAAUCUUCUAAUGGAAAUAUUCCUGUAACACCUAAAGUGAACCCUAUACCGCCACCAAAGCCGGCUCAGCUAAUGAGAUCUAGUGAUACUCCCGCAUCGCAACAUACAGUGGUAAAUGGCAGGAUUGCUGGUAUUUCUCCAAACCAUUCUUAUAGUGCGCACUCUGAGGCACCAAGUGGGAUAUCGAGUAGAGGAUUAAGCAAUGGUACAUACGAAUAUAGUAGACGCGUAUUUGGUUCUGUUCUGAAUGACGUUAGCCGUCGUACUGACAGGCAACCAAUUCCAUACCCGUCCUACUAGCAUAUUGAGCUCCAGGGAAGAACAUGGUAUGCUAACAGAUUAGCCCAGCGAUGUCAAUGUUCGUUGUCUCAGCCCUUCUGUAAUAUCAUCUAUGUAUUCACCAUUACAUGCAUGUAAAUAUGUCUUAUGGCUUAGUCGUGUAGGCCGAUGCUUAUCUUUUCCAUUGUUCUGUUCUCAACAUUGUAGUCAGACUUGUGCCCGCUGGUUAUCUCCCAUGUCAUGUCCUAGUGAUAGCAUCAUGCCUCCACUAAUGCAGCUGUACCAAGACUUAGUCUAAUUGCAGGGAUGGCUGGCAAUUUGUGUUUUAAUAUUUAAUCUAGUGAUGUUUGUUGUUGCUUCUGUGUUCCAGUGGGACCAAGUUUGUGCUUGAGUUCUUGGUGUAUUUUGUUCUUCUCGUCAAAGUUGGUUUGUAUUAUGUUGGGCAUCACAAAAGAUAAUGUCAUUGUCUACUAUUUAAAAAACAGUGCAAAUCUACUGAAAUUUAAUGUUUAUUUAUGAA